UGGAGGUCUUCCCAAAUCCGAAAUAUUCAUUCUGAAAACCCUAAUCAUCCCAUCUUCAUCUCAUCAUUAUAUAAACCCACAAAUUCAACUUGAUUAUACCCACUCACAGUCUCUCUCUCUCUCUAUCUCUCUCUCUGAUUACACAACUCUUUACAACGCUCCGAGACCAAUUUUCUUUCUUUGCGUAAUUCAUAUAUAACUUGGUUUUGUGUUUCUUGAUUCUAACUCUCUUUUGCAGGUUUUGGUUUUGCACACUGAUUAAUCCAUUUGCAAGAAUUUGAUAUUUUCUUUCUCUGUUUCUUCUUUCUUACUGUUUUCAUUUUUCAUUGAUAUACAAUACAUACAUAUAUUCUGUUGGUAUUAAAGAUAAUGGAUGCAGGAUCAACGAGUUCUUCAUCUAACUUGAAGUCAGGGUCUCGGUGCCCUCUUCAAGAACAGUUUCUUCAGAAAAGGAAUUCUCGGGAAAAUUUGGACAGGUUCAUACCAAAUAGGUCGGCGAUGGAUUUUGAUUAUGCGCACUACAUGCUUACUGAAGGUAGGAAAGGUAAGGAAAACCCAGCUAUGGUCUCUUCCCCAUCCAAAGACGCCUAUCGGAAGCAGUUGGCAGAAGCAAUGAACAUGAAUCGGACUCGAAUACUUGCUUUCAAGAACAAGCCUCCUGCCCCUGUAGAGCUCUUCCCGCGCGAGUUCUCUUCUUUACCACAGGAUAAACCAGCAAAGCUGCGGAGACACAUUCCUCAAAACAACAACUUGCGCCAACAAUUAGCAAGUGGAGGAAAUGAUAACCUACUCCAUAUAUGGGACAGAUCAGUGGCAUCUUCAAAUUCACCAACACAGUGGCUUCACAGGCUUGAAGACCAUACAGCUGCUGUAAAAGCCCUUGCUUGGUGUCCUUUCCAGGGCAACUUGCUGGCUUCUGGUGGAGGCGGGGGUGAUCGGUGCAUAAAGUUCUGGAACACUCACACGGGUGCAUGCCUGAAUUCGGUUGACACUGGCUCUCAGGUUUGUGCUUUGCUGUGGAACAAGAAUGAACGAGAACUGCUUAGCUCACAUGGGUUUACUCAGAAUCAGCUUACUCUUUGGAAAUACCCAUCAAUGGCUAAAGUUGCAGAACUCACUGGCCAUACUUCUAGAGUUCUUUAUAUGGCUCAGAGUCCAGAUGGUUGCACAGUAGCAUCAGCAGCUGGUGAUGAAACGCUGAGAUUCUGGAAUGUUUUCGGGGUCCCUGAGGUGGCUAAAUCAGCUCCCAAAGCUAAUCCGGAGCCUUUUGCCCAUUUGAAUCGUAUCCGUUGAUCAAGAGCAUGCAUGAGGAGUAAUUACAUGAGAUGGAGAUUCAUGGAACCAAAACUGUAUAGGAUGCAGAACCAGAACUAGCUUCAGGAAUCAGUUCUGUUCUUUUUAGCGCAAGUUUGAAGUGAAAUGAAAAACACAUGACAAUCUCAGUACAUGUUCUUUCUAAAAUUCCCCUGUAUAAACUAUAAAGAGUGGUAGGAAAUAAGAAAUCCUUGUACAUAUUCUUUUGACAAUCUCAG